AUGUAUCUGUCGUACUAUUCCGUAGUGUUCGUUUUGCCGUUGUGCAUCUCGCAAAUAACGGUGUCAAAUGAAGGCGCUCAGCCAAUACAAGCUGGACCAGGAAGUGAAGGCAAAAUGAGGACUGUGGCAAAUGAUAAUAAAGCGAGCGAAAAACGGUACAAAUGUGAGGUAUGCGGUAUGCAAUUCGAAUAUUCAGGCACUUUGAAAUGUCAUAAGAUGAUACAUACCGAUAAAAAAAAUUACACAUGUAAGGUAUGCAAUAAAGCGUUCCAAAGGUCGGACAAUCUAAUGAGUCACCGAUUGAUGCAUGGAAACGAACGACCAUUCAAAUGUUACGUGUGCGAUAAAACGUUCAAACGAUCUGGCGAUUUGAAGAAACACAAUUUGACGCACGGAAACGAACGACCAUUCAAAUGUCACGUAUGCAAUAAUACAUUCAAAGAGUCCCGUAAUUUGAAGAAACAUAAUUUGACUCACGGAAGCGAACGACCAUUCAAAUGUGAAGCAUGUGGUAGAAAUUUCAUUCGGAAAGAUGAUUUGAAUAAACACAUUAAAAGGCAUAAAAGUUCGGAUGAAAAGCUACAUUCUACAGUAAGCUCCUUAAUGAUAUCGAUAUCAGAUUACAUUGAAACAGAAAUAUCAAUAAGGGAAAUAAAUACAUUCGCAGGACUAUAA